ACCUUGUGGUCCCAAGGUCCAUUUGAUGUCGGGUUUUGUCACUCGAUGGCCCCUAUUGAUCUCCAAAUGGAUGAGACGCAGCCUAUCAAACGACCCCAAUAUCGUUGGCCGAGUGAGGCGGACCAAGGCAUGGAAGACACUCUGUGCGGCCUCUGGGACGCAGGGGUGUUGGAAGUGUCAUGCUCCGAAUGGAACACCCCGUUAAGGCCAGUCCAAAAAGCAGAUGGGAAAACAUGGCGCAUGGCACAUGAUUUGAGAGCAGUAAAUGAUGUCACUAUAACUCCUGUUCUUCCCGUGCCAGACCCGCACCGAAUCCUUGCAUCAUUGAACCCUGCCUAUCAGUGGUUCACCGUAAUUGAUUUGGCUAAUGCCUUCUUCUGCCUCCCGCUUUCCCCCUCAGUGCGGCACGUGUUCGCCUUCACUUACAAAGGGAUGAAAUUGCAAUACACACGCAUGCCGCAGGGAUUCAAAAAUUCGCCAGGAUUGUUCAAUCAGGUCCUCAAAGAACUCCUCGAACCAUGCCAAAUGCCGGAUGGCACAUUGUUGUUGCAAUAUGUCGAUGAUUUGUUGAUUGCAGCAAAAGACGAGCAGACGUGUCUUGAAGGAACAAAGAAAGUGUUGUUGUGGUUAGGGGAGAAAGGGUUCAAGGUGUCAAGAAAGAAACUGCAAUGCUGUCGCCAACAGGUCACUUUUCUGGGACGUGUGUUGACCCCUAGUGGCCUCGCCAUGUCGCCUGAACAUAGAAGCUCCAUCCUCCGACACCCACGGCCCGCCACCGUCCAGGAGAUGCUAUCAUUCCUGGGGUUGUGCGGCUACAGCAGACAUUACAUACCCUGUUUUGCUGACAAAACUGGUGUCCUACGGGCCCUGAUCCGCGAACAGGGGGCGAGGAAUCUCAGGGCUUGCCUGGUUUGGACACCGGAGGCUGCUGAGGUCUUUGUGUCACUGGUGCAGGAGCUGGCCUCUGCUGCGGCUUUGGCCACUCCUGACUACACUCUGCCCUUCCAUCUAGAUGUCUCUAUUUCAGGGAAAGUUGUGAAUGGAGCUCUGUACCAGAAAAUGCAGCAUGGACGUGCAGUGUUGAUGUAUUGCAGCGUCCCCUUGGACAACAUUGAGCAACGACAACCCGAUUGUUCCAGAUAUGCGGCUGGCCUGGCAAAGGUCUUACUCAAAACAGCCCACACGGUCAUGGGGCAUCCAGUUUAUGUGUUAACUGAUCAUGCAGUGUCUUCAUUUGUCGCAUCGGCGGCGUUCACGUUGACUCCACUGCGACAAACACGGUUGUUGAAAAUAUUGACUGCCCCAAAUGUCAACUAUGUCCAUUCCGGAGUGAACAUGGCCGAUCAAUUGUUGGUGGGACCCCAUGAGUGUGCAUCAAAGGUCCAGACGGUGGCGAAAGUCCGACCUGACCUCUAUUCCACUCCGCUCGGGCACGGUCGUGUGGUGUUCACAGAUGGCUGCUGCUGGAGAGACAGGAUGGGCUCCCUCCAUGCGGCCGCGGCUGCGGUCGAGUGGAGGGAUGGUUCCUUCCAGCCUCUUAAAGUGAUGAAGCUCAACACCCACCCAUCGGCCCAGGCGGCAGAAGUCUUUGCUCUGGUGUUAGCUUUACGACAAUGCAAGGGGGAAGCCGUGACCAUCUAUUCUGACUCCGCUUAUGCGGUGUCGGCGGCUUUACUCGAUCUGGUGGGGUGGCUGCAGAAUGGGUUCACGACGGCCAGGGGCUCGGAGAUUGCGCACAAGGAUUUGAUGUUGCAUUUGUUUGAGGCAUUGAAGUACCCGAGCGAGGUGGCCAUUGUCAAAGUGCCUGGUCACUCCAAAGCUGACACCUUAGUAGCUAGGGGGAAUCGAGCGGCUGAUGAAUUGGCCAAGCAGACGGCCGGGUAUGGCGGGGCAGAGGACAUGAUGGUGUCCCGCGGUCCACUAAUUGUGGACGGGGAACACCCCGACUCCUGUUUGCCUCUGUCACUCUCGCAUGCCGAUCUGUGUGCCGCCCAGGGUGCCACGUCCCCGGAACAAAAAUCGGUCUGGCUGGCAGCAAAGGCUGUCAAACGAUCAGAUGGCUUGUGGGUAGGACCCAAAGGACAGCCAGCUCUUCCGGAGGGAAGGCUGAUGUCGGAGGUCCUGACACAGGCUCACACACCUUCCCAUGUGGGUCCCCAUGCCAUGAUGAUCCAUCUUCGAAGUUGGUGGCAUCCCAAACUCUCAGAUGUGGUCUGGAAAUUCGUUGCGGAUUGUGAGUCUUGUCAGACGUUCAAUGCACGCCCUACGUUGAAGCCUAAGCCCGGCCUGUUUCAGCCGGCCCCAUGGCCGGGGGCAGAGGUGAUCAUUGAUUUCACAGACAUGAAUACAAGAGUGAAUGGAAAACGCUUUUUUCUUGUGUUGGUUGACGCUUACUCGGGCUGGCCGGAGGCAUAUCCGUGCUCGAAGGAAGAUUCUGCUGCGGUGAUCAAGGCUUUGAUCACCCAUUACAUCCCUACCCACGGUUUUCCGGCCUUGAUCCGUUCUGACAAUGGUACACACUUUAACAACAAAGCCUUGGCCAAGGUAGAAUCAAUUUUGGGGUUGAAGCAUCGAUUCGGGUGUGUCUACCAUCCUCAGUCUCAAGGCCGCGUUGAACGACUUAACCGAACGCUAAAAGAGAAAUUGGCCAAAAUUAUGGCUCAGACGGCAAUGAAUUGGCUACAAGCACUUCCGCUUGCUUUGCUGUCUGUGAGACAAUCCGUUAACAGGAGCACUGGAUUCGCACCGUUUGAGUUGAUGACGGGCCGUCUAAUGCCAGGACCAGCGACGACGCUCGUCCCACCAGAGGAUGUUCCGGUACCUAAUUUAUCUCAUACAGCAUACUGGUCCUAUUUGUCUGCUUUGGUGUCCAGUGUUUCUGCACAGCUUGGAGAAAAAUCCGCUGCGGCUGCGGCGGAGGAAGGUGUGUCGGUGGAGAAACAGCUCACGCCGUACGUGUACGUCCGAGUCAUCUCCAGGAAGUGGACGGACCCCCGGUGGAAGGGCCCCUUUCGUGUCUUGGCCAGGACGUCUCACGCGGCCCAACUCGACUUCAAAGGACGCCGGUGGUAUCACUACUCACAACUCCGUCCGGCCCCAGAGUUUGUUCCGUCAGGAUGAAGGUAUUCCUGGUUGGCCGUGUCCCGGACCCGGCCAAG